CGAAAAAAACAUUUUUUUUCGAAAAAUUAAAUUUCACGAGCAUAGCAUUCUUCCUUAGAGCCUCCAUAAUCUCGGGAUAGAGUCUCAAAUGAUUCGGUGUCCCCAAUUUGGAGAAAAGCUUUAUAUAUCAUGUGUACAACUUUGCUUCCGCCGUUUUCCUAUAGAUGGCUUUUUAAUUAUUAUUAAUUAUUAAGAAGCGGCGGAAGCAAAAUUGUACAAUGGCGGACAUGAAUGCCUCCCCUGCAGAUGCGGCAUCGCCUGUGCAGGAUGGGAAGGCAUUGAUGUCUCCCAGUGUACACCUAAUAUAUAUCUGGACUUUUUGGUACGUACAUGACAUUCAUAUCACCUUAAAAGAAUGAACUGAAAAUGAAUAUCGCUGUACUUGCGAGCAUGAAAUACCAAAGUACCCAACGCUCGGGAGAGACGGCCUUCUUGCGUUAAUUGAAAGUGCGAUUAAACUUCUUCUCCGAGAAAACGUAGCGCGGCGCCAAGUUUUCCGAAGUUUCGGAUUCGAGCAACCAGAUGGCGCCUCGCGACUUUUCUACCGUUUUUUACAUAUAAUAAAUGUCUCGUGCCUUGGAGUUAACGCCUGGAGUUUCUUUUUAUUUUAGAGUGUAUGGAAGUUACAUGUAGAUAAGAAUUGUGAUGAAAGAUACAUUUUCUAAAGCGCUUUACUACAUAAUCGUAUAUCUGUCGCUGAUAAGUUGCGAAGUGAAUGUGUUCUCUUGUUUACUCUUAAACAAAAACAUCGUUUAUUCGCAGGCAUCGCGGGUGGAGAACGUGAUUGCCUGUAAAUAAGGUGCAUGUGUCGUGUGAGUGUAAUUGCGGACAUUUAAUUGUACAUUAGAUUAAUGGUCGUUAGGUCACUUUUAGUUAUUACCGACCGCGGCCAUUCAGCUGUGAACUUUGGUGCCUGCAUGUGUCGGCCACGAAGUAUUAAUAAAUAUUAAAACGUGUUUAAUAUACUUCCUAAGAAAAUCUUAUCGUUGAAUAUUUAAACAAUGGAAACUGUUUAAGGGUUUUUUAUUGUGUUGAACGCCAACUGGGUUACGAUUGCAUUGAUUCGACUGGAUUACAUUAUGAUUACUUUAUCGCAGAGAGAAGUUCACUUGAGAGAAGUAAUUGGUGGCGCCAUCUGUGUAGCAGGAGUGGAACUAUUUCUUGGAGCUCUAGUAGCGGUACAGUUCUAUACGCAGUAAGUUACGUUAAAAACGAUCAAAGUUCCUAGCAACUUAUCGGUCAUUUCUUCAAAUCUUUUUUUUUUUCUCUCCGAGAAAUUAUAGGAAUUUAAAUAUUUGCCACGUGGUGAAUGAGCAGUUCUGAUUGGUUGCAAAGAAACACCGGAGUGAGGGAACUUCCGUUGUACAUUUACAUAAUAUAAUUGAUGACACGUAAAUAUUUUCAGUUGGAAGUAGAGAAAAUUCUAUAAUUAAUAUUUUUUAAUAAUAUUUAUUACUCUUUGACUUGAACUUCGAAGUGCAUUGAAAAGAAAUGUUAGUUAAAUGAAGGAACCUCGGGUAUUUAAAUUAAAGAAAAUAACGUUCUUAUAAAUUCUCGAUAUUCUCGGUAACUUACGGUAUGUUUCCCAGUUACCUUUUCCGAUUUCAUAUUAUUGCAGGAGAAUGAAAAACAAUUUAACUACGACAGGGAAAAAUUAUAGUUUAGUUCAUUCCAGCCGCGGUUAGGUAGUAAUACAUAAUUAUUGUAAAUUGUUUUAAACAUUAUGUACAAAACUAAAACGCUACAUUUAACAAACGUACACUUUUCGUUAAAGUGUAGAAAGUGUAGGCAAAACGAACAAACCUAGUUUUGUGGAACUUAGGCAUUAGUUCCUCCUUUCUCCGCGAGAUGGCGCCAGUAUUACUGUUUUCAAUUUAUACUUUGCACAGCUUUAUAUCGAAGCCAUUUGUCAUCGAUUAUGCCGACUAUGCGCUUCGGAAUAAAAAGUUGAUAACAAGUUAAGAUUUUCAAAACAUGUUUUAAAUACUGCCUUUUCAUACAUAAGUACGUGCUGCCGUUCCGAAGAGAAUCAUGGCAUCGAAUGACGGCAUCCCAGCAACUGCUGCUGUGUCUGCUUUCCCACCAGCUGCUCCAGCAAUUGCGCCUGCAUUCGUUCCACCGAUGUUACCCGGUGGACCACCAUUUAGUCUGCCGCCGGUUCCGCCAGGCAUUAUGCCUACGCAGUUUUCUAUUCCACCUCCCGGUUUUGGUUUCCCUAUCCCUGCUGCUCCACCACCCGAAGCAGGGGUUAUUGCUGCUCCGCCUCAAAUUACGACACCAACGAUUGCCCCGCCAGUGCCAGUGGUGUCCGAUGCUGGGUCGCUGACUCCCACAACUUCAUCGGACAAGAAGUCAGAAUGGUCUGAGCACAAAGCUCCUGAUGGCCGCACCUAUUAUUAUAACGGCGUUACGAAACAGUCUUUGUGGGAGAAGCCUGAUGAAUUAAAAACUCCCAGUGAGUUGCUUCUAUCGCAAUGUCCGUGGAAGGAAUAUAAAUCAGAAAAUGGCAAGGUGUAUUAUCACAACAUUACUACUAAAGAAUCAAGGUGGAGCAUACCACCGGAGUUGGAGGAACUGAAAACACGUAUUACUGCCGAAGAAGCUGCGGCAGCCGCUGCAGCAGUUGUGGCAAAUGCUACAAAUACGGGAAUGGUUCCUGUAGCUAUGCAGCAUAUGUCACCGAGUAUUCCAACCAUCUCGCAGACAAGUACUCCAGAGCCUGGAGGAAAGUCUGCGAUAGAACAAGCAAUGGCUGCGACUCUCGCAGCCAUAAACAUUCCGACACCACCUACAAAACCGGAUGAAGACAGCAAUUCUGCGAAGGAGUCUGCCAACGACAGUCGUACCAGUACUCCAGAGCCAAAAAUGCAGUUUAAGGACAAGAAGGAAGCUAUCGAGGCUUUUAAAGAGUUAUUGAAGGAGAGGGACGUACCAUCGAAUGCUACUUGGGAACAAGCUGUUAAAAUGAUUCAGAAUGAUCCACGCUACCCUCAGAUGAAGAAGCUGAACGAAAGGAAGCAGGCAUUCAAUGCUUACAAAACCCAGAAACUAAAGGAAGAGCGUGAACAGGAAAGACUGAGAUUGAAGAAAGCGAAGGAAGACCUCGAGCAGUUCCUACUUGACAGCGAUCGAAUGACCAGCACUACGAAGUAUUACAAGUGCGAAGAGAUCUUUGGAAACUUGGACAUUUGGCGUGCAGUGGGUGAUUCCGAUCGGCGAGACAUUUACGAGGACGUGAUAUUUAACCUAGCUAAAAGGGAGAAAGAGGAGGCGAAGCAACUGAAAAAGAGGAACACGAAGAGGCUAGCACAAGUCCUCGACACCAUGACGGACGUCACCUACAGGACCACGUGGCAGGAAGCGCAAGCUCUUCUGUUGCAGCACACAUCCUUCGUCGACGACGCCGAUCUUUUAGAGAUGGACAAAGAAGACGCGCUACUCGUCUUCGAGAACCACAUUCGCCAGCUCGAAAAGGAUGAAGAGGAGGAGAAGGAGCGCGAGAAGAAGCGCAGGAAACGCCAGGAAAGGAAAAACCGUGACGGUUUCAUUAGUCUCUUGGAUGAACUGCACGAGCAAGGAAAGUUGACUUCGAUGUCCCUCUGGGUGGAGUUGUAUCCGAUGCUCUCCGCAGACCUUCGAUUCUCAGCUAUGCUGGGACAGUCAGGGUCGACCCCUUUGGAUCUCUUCAAGUUCUACGUAGAAGAUCUAAAGUCUCGAUUCCACGACGAGAAGAAGAUCAUUCGCGAGAUCCUUAAGGACAAGAACUUCGAGGUACAGGUCAAUACGACCUUCGAAGAGUUCGCUACAGUGGUCUGCGAAGACAGGAAGUCUGCUACCCUGGAUGCUGGGAACGUUAAGCUCACUUACAAUCUUUUGCUCGAGAAAGCUGAGGCCAGGGAGAAGGAGAGGGUUAAGGAGGAAACUAGGAAGUUCAAGAAACUGGAGACUAGCUUCAAGAACCUCCUUAAGACCAUCGAUGUGGACUAUCAGAUGAGCUGGGAGGAGAUUAGGGCCAAGAUCGAGGAAGAGCAGGACUUUAAGGCGAUCACCCUCGAAAGCGAGAGAGUCAGGAUCUUCAAAGAGUACCAGCACGAGCUUGAAGAGAGCUGCAGUCACCAUCAUAUACGAAGUAAGAAGAAGAAGAUGAAGAAACCGAAGAGGAGGUCGCGGUCGCGUUCACACAGUGAGUCCGAAGGCAGUGAAAAGGGAGCAAAGAAGAAGCGUCGCAAGUCUCGCUCCCCCAGCGUGCAAAGUAAAUCCGAGAGCUCUGACUCAGAAGGGAAGAAGUCGAAAAGGAAGAAGCCGAAAAAGAAGAGAGCUCGCAGUCACUCGCGUUCGCACUCGAGGCUUCCAUCGUCCGAGGAUUCUCCGGAUAGGAGAAGAAAGGAAGAAAAGCACCGAAGAGCCUCGGCUCACAGCGAAGGCUCGAUUAACGAAAACAACGAGCACCACGAACUCUCCGAGGACGAAUUGGAGAAACAAAGAGCUCAAUUACUGCGCGAACUUCAGAUGCAACAAGAAGAGAACUGAGUUGAAUCUUCCGGAUCUCUCGUCUCUCUAUCCCGAGGCAUUUAACCAAGUUCCUCCAUUAAAUGGAAUUUUUUGGGCAUUCGGUGGAAAAGACAUUCGCCUUCUUUGCGAAGACGACUCUAGUCGCGGGUUAUUCGCCGAGCCCUUCGUUUACAGGAACUGUACAAACACUGUAUGCACAUUAUUUUCCAACGAAGAGGCAUCGUUUAUCACAGAACUUUAUAAAUUAAUUCGACAAACGGAAGCGCCUCUUCGGCGCAGAGGCAAGGCUCUUUUGCGAUGUGUAAACUGGCUGGAACUGAAAUCUCGACGGAAUUCCUAUUUCAGGAAGAGAACCGAACAAUAAAUGGACACUGCAGUGAAACUGAAACGAGGUUGUGGCCUAAUGUUAAAUUUCAGAAGUCUCCAUAGAAGCCCAGAAGGAUACGGACGUUCGAUGCUCGAUAAAUAGUAUGUUAGCCAACGGAUGGCGGCGCUGUAAUCUCUUCUCUUAAUCUUAUGACGCUACAUAUGGAAUUGCAUUCUUUCUUUAUCUUAGCCACGAUACUGGUCUUUAUAUAUGCGACUCUCUUCCUCCCUUAUGUGAGAUAUCGUUGGCUAACACAUGCGAUCUCUCUUUUACCCUAACUUCUGGUUUGUUAACCAACUUUUAGAGCAUCAACCGCUAACGUAGGAUCUGCGCUUCUAUGGGACUUCUGAAUUCUUUGGUAGUACCAAAUGAAUUCAAAAGUCCCAUAGAAGCUCAGGAGGAUAGGGACGUUCGAUGCUCGACAAAUAGUACGUUAGCCUACGGAUGG